GUGCGAAUCCCCAUGCAAUGGCGACGUUUGUGUUGUGUGGAAAUGGCGAACAAAGUCGGAGCUUUUGGUAAAGCAGGUAGCUUCUAUGAAGUUGAAGUAAUUAUGAUGAUGAUAGUAAAUUACCCUGUAAAUAGGCAUCAGGUGCGAAUCCCCAUGCAAUGGCGACGUUUGUGUUGUGUGGAAAUGGCGAACAAAGUCGGAGCUUUUGGUAAAGCAGGUAGCUUACUAUGA